AAAUAAUUAAACAAAUAACAUAGAACAACAAUAUCAUGUCCGAUUUAGAUGACGACUUGUUAGCUUUGGCAGGAGAUGGAGUUUCCGACUCUGAAUUUGAGCCUCAAGAACCAAGGAAGAGAAGCGUAUCACCUGUCAGUACUUCUAAGCGCAGAAGAACUGAUUUAAAUGAUGAUGAAGAUGAAGAUGACGAUGAAGACGAUGAAGUAGAAGAGACUCUUAUAAACCCAUAUCCAUUAGAAGGUAAGUAUAGAGAUGAGGAUGAUCGUGAAAACUUGCUUGGAAUGGAUGAAAUUCAACGUGAACAAACAUUAUUUGAAAGAUCUCAAGAAAUGGAAAGUUACAAUGAAAAGAAGUACUUACAGCAAAGAUUGAAACUGCAAAAUGCUCUUGCAGAUGGAUCAGCAGCUAAAAGUACUAGGUCUAGUGCUAGAUCGAAGUUGGUGAAGGACAACGCGAAGAGUUCCAAGCUUGAUAAGUUGAGUGAAUUGAGGAAACAAAGAGAACAAAAAUCAAAUCGAGAAAGAAGACAGAAAGACUUUGACGAAUACGAAGAUGAUGAGGAUGAUGAAGAUGAAGAAGAUGACUUAGAAGAGGGUGAAGAUGAAGAAAGAAGUGAAGACGAUGAAUAUGGAUAUGACGAAGAUAGAGUAGUUUGGGGGAGUGGUAGUUCCAAGUCUAGGGUUAGAAGAAGUACAGAAAGAGCUGACUUAAAGAACAUCAAUAAAAUCAAGGUCGGUCGUACCUUGUUACAAAGGUUCUGCUUUUACAAUGACUUUAGUGAUACCAUUGUUGAUUGUUUUGCCCGUAUAAAUAUUGGUAUGGACAAACGUACACAUAGACCAAUGUACAGAAUGGUUCAAAUUGUUGAUGUUAAGAAUAUUCCACAAAAGUCUUACAAGUUCCCAACUACUAAGUGUGACAUUUACUUGACAGUUGCACAAAACAAAACUCAGAAGAAGGAUUUCCCAAUGAACAUUUUUUCUGAUUCACCAAUUACUCAAGAUGAAUUUGAAAGGUUCCAAAAUGAAUUAUCAAAAACUGGAGAAGAGCUUCCUUACUUGGAUGAUGUUAAAGAUAAAUAUCAAGGAUUACAUAGGUUGGCUAAUAGGGAAAUUUCUGAUCAAGAUGUGAAUGAGAUGAUAAAACGGAAACAGGAAUUGAAUUCAAAUGGGAAUAACCUCGAAGGAUUUGAUGCUGUGUUCAAAAAAUCGAAGGUCAAGGAUCAACUUAAGGUGGCAUUACAGGAAAAUGACAUACACAGAGUAAGUAGAUUGGAAAAGGAGUUGGAAGAACUUGAGCAGAUAGUUGCUGAUACCACGAAGAAUUUAAGCAAUUCAAGUAGUAUGACGAUGUUCAAGGUUAAUGAAAGAAAUAGAAAACUUAACCAAACCAAUAUCAGAAUUGCUGAAUUAAAAUCUUCGCAAUUGAAGAAAAUUACAGAUGCAAAGAAUGAUGGUGGAGAUGCUUUUUCAAGACUCAAGACGAAUACAAGAAUUUUCUACCAGGAUUUGGUAAAUGAAGAAAAUGAAAAGGCCAUCGUAGAUGCCCGGUUGAACUACGAAAAGGAGCUAGAGGAAAAAAAUAAAAAGGAAGCACAAAUCGCUGCCUCUAGUUACAGAUGUUUGGGUGCCAUGGAUGAGUUCAUCAAGAAGGUUGAUUUGGAUAUUGAUAUUCAAAUAUAAAAGAGAUAUGUAUAAAUAAACGGAUAGUUGUUUUGAAUUUACAAUCUUAUUUUGC